AUGCCUGUCGCCCCCAGACGAUCCAGUGUGCGGCGCUCCAAUGUGACCGCCUGCGCCCGUUGCAAGGCCCGAAAACAACGAUGCGACCAAAAUCUUCCAGCAUGCGCCAAUUGCGAGCGCGCCGGCGUUGACUGCGUCGGCCACGAUCUUGACGGUUCUGUGGUUCCGCGAAGCUAUCUAAAGAGCCUGGAAGAUCGCGUGGCACACCUGGAGCAGGAGCUUCAACAGUACCGUCAGCAAACCCCCACUCUGCCAACCCAUUCGGACCUUGGCAGUCUUGAGCAUGUGCUUGCCCAGGCCAGCUUUGUCUCACUCCACCCCUCAACCUUUCCAAGUCCCCGUUACAUGGGAACAGCCUGUGGACUACCACUGCUUCGCCUACUUCUGCUCAACCUUGGCUCCGCAUCGCGCUUUGGCCAUGUCGCCAGCCAGGAUCCGGCACCCUCGUCCAUCAUGGACCUGCUGCCGCACGAAGUCGCCGUACAGCUGCCCGCCGAAGACGUCUCGCACCGCCUGAUUGACGUCUAUUUUGAGCACUGCGACUUCUUCUCUCCCAUACUGUAUCGAGCCGACGUCUUGCGUAUGCUGGCCACUGCAACUGACGAUGAUCAAGUCAAAGAGCGGUACAAGCUCUUCAUGGUUCUGGCCAUCGCUAUUCAGCUGCUGAACCGAACAGAUGCAUCCAUUCCUGCUGCCAGAGCUGACGCUUAUUUCUCGGCUGCCUCGCGUAUCCUCCUUGCCAAUCCCGCUGACCUCCUUGCUGGCGACCUGCAACACUUAGAAAACUUACUCCUCCUGAUUCAAUAUUCAUCCUUCUCUUCGACGCCAUCUGGAACCUGGCAUAUUAUUGGCCUGACAACAAGACUGGCCGUGGAUUUGGGGCUCCAUGAUGAGCCCCCAGCUCACCUCUCACUUGAUCCGCUGUCGCUGGACCGAAGGAAAAGGCUCUUCUGGGCUACAUACACCUUCGAAAGGAAUCUGUGCGCCAUCCUCGGCCGCCCGGUAUCCAUUCCAGACGAAGCCAUCUUCGUAUCACUUCCUGCCAAUGUGGAUGAUGAGUAUAUCACCGAGGACGGAAUCCUACAGCAGUCUGGUCCUUCGCGGAAAGCACUAGCCUUGCAGCUUGUAAGCGAUGACAUUGUCUUCCUUGCCGAGUGCGCCCAAAAGAGCAUCGAGGCCUACCGCUACUCCUUCCGGGAUGGAAAGCUGCGCUUCUACUGGCGUACCGUUCACAACCUCUUCCGUUCUGGCGUUUCUCUCAUCUACUGCCUGAAAAACUGGCCCGGCGAUCAAGGAAGCGUCAAUACUGAAACGAUGAAUGCUUCUGUUAACUCCUGCUCUGCUGUUCUCUGGGGCAUGGUUGAACGUUACCCUGCAGGCAAACCUUGCCGAGACACUUUCGAAUCCCUCUGCCAAUCACUCCGGGACCCUGGUGCCGAUCAGUCCUCCUGUCCCCAAUCUCAGACUUACUCAUGUCUGGCAUCUGACGACUUUUUGCUACAAAACUUCAACACGUAUGAUUUAUUCUCCUGGACCGGGUAG